AUGGUCUAUGUCCAGAAACAUUGGAAGGAGGAUGAAUUUUUCGCCUACCAGUUUCUAAAUGGCGUCAACCCCAUGCUGAUCCGACGCUGUUCCGCCAUACAGAACUUUCCAGUCACUGAAAGCAUGGUCUUCAUCCAUGGUCCACAUACCCUGGAAGAGGAAUUAAAGAAUGAAAACAUAUACCUGUGUGACUACAAGCUUUUGGAUGGAGUGGAAGCAAACACCAUCAACGGGAAGAAGCAGUACUUGAUGGCUCCCCUCGUCCUGCUCCAAAGAACACCAGAUGACAAGCUGAUGCCAAUCGCUAUUCAGCUGAAGCAGACUCCUGGCUACAACAAUCCCAUCUUUUGUCCUACUGAUUCUGAGUACGACUGGUUGAUGGCCAAGAUUUUUGUGAGAAGUGCAGAUUUCAACUUCCAUGAACUCAAUAUUCACCUGCUGCGCACACAUCUGCUGGCUGAAGUUUUUGCUGUAUCUCUACUGCGAAAUGUGCCCAUGGUGCAUCCACUGUACAAGCUGCUCAUCCCUCACACUCGCUACAGCCUGCAGAUCAACCUCAUGGCUCGAAAUCGGCUCAUUUCUAAGGAUGGUACUUUCACAGAGUACACAGCUUGUGGUGGAGAGGGUAUGUUCACAAUCCUGAAGAGAUCAAUGGCCUCAAUGACCUACAGCUCCCUCUGCAUACCAGAUGACAUCGCUGAGCGUGGGAUGGAGGCUGUACCCAACUACUACUACAGGGAUGAUGGACUCAAGCUUUGGGAUAUCAUCCACAAGUUUGUGAAGGGAAUCCUCAACUGCUACUACAAGAGCGAUGCUGACGUCGAGAAAGACUCUGAACUGCAGAAGUGGAUUUCAGACAUUUUUGUAGAGGGAUUCCUUUCCAAUGCAAAGACAGGAAUUCCCCAGGGCUUUUCCACCGUGGCUGCGUUGGUCAAGUUUGUCACCAUGGUGAUCUUUACCUGCUCGGUACAGCACUCAGCUGUGAAUUCUGGACAGUAUGACUAUGGUGCCUGGAUGCCUAACACUCCCAUCUCCCUGCAACUUCCUCCACCAACCACCAAGGGGACAACAAGUGAGGCCACCAUGCUGGAGACGUUCCCUGAUGUCAAUGUGACAGUUCAGGGGAUGGCCAUCAUGCAUCUUCUCAGCAAGCAAUCCACUGACUUUGUCCCCCUUGGCCACUAUCCGGACGAGCACUUCUUUGAGAAGAUUCCCUGCAAGCUGAUUAAGGAGUUUCAAGGAGACCUUGAAAUACAAAGUGUAAUCAUCAAAGUCAGAAACGAGAAUCUGGAUGUCCCAUACACAUACAUGAACCCAACUGUGGUGGAAAAUAGUGUGGCUAUUUAAAUAUGUGAGUGACCUCCUUGGCAAAUCCAGCUUCAUCUUAUCUGAAGUGGAAAAAAGGAGAGCCUUUAGUGGAAAGAAAUCAUUGUAUAUAUUAUGAUCAUUUAUGGUUAUAGCACUUAUGUGCAGCUUUCAUUGAAAAUGUGGGAUUGAGAGCUUCUUUGUUUGUCAAUGAUUAAACAGGCCUUCUAAUCAAAGUAUUUUUGGGAAAAAAAUGAUUUUGCCUUCACACUUUAAAACUUAAGAAGUACUCUGUGCCUCAUGGCAUACUGUUAGAAUGACUUGUGCAUUAUUUUAGGGACAUAAGAGUGGGGUUAAAUCAAGGAAAAUGGUGAGUUGCAGUAAUCUUAAAACUGUGAAACUGUACUGUACAUGCUUUGUCUAUAUUUUCAAUGGGGAAAAUUCAAGGGGGUCAGGUUACUGUCCUGAAAACUGCCUACUUUCUUUCCUGCCACUUUUGGCUAGGUUCCUACCAAGA